AGUAAUCUAUUUUAGGUUGUGCAACCACAUAACCACAAUGUGAGGUGUGCACACUUAGCUGAUAAGCCCGAAGAUAUAAAAUGGUGUGAAUCGUGACUGAUACGUACAAAAAAAAAUGGCGAAGCAACACGCUCCAGGCUUUGGCAUCGAGUACGAAAUCCUAGUCCCCGCCUAUUUCGCCCUAACCCUCCACCAAAACCCCACCGUCAAAGCCUACUCCAUCCGCAGCAACGUCCCCGAAUUCGGCAACAUCGACGACGUCGUAGUGGACAUAACCACGACGGACGAGUCCACACACCGCUUCGCCAUCCAGCUGAAACACAAAGAAAACCGCUCAACGAAACUCCUACCCACGAACUUCGAAGCCAAAGGCGACUUCUGUUUAGAAAAGUAUCACAAAGCUUUCAACACCAUCGACGCCCAAAACCAACACUGCCAUUUCAUUCUUUACACGAACAGAGAGUUCAAUCCUUGUAGCAAACAACAGCUGAAGCACUUCCGGAUGGUCGAAGACCGCUGUUUUGGUGAAGCUUUCUUCAACACUGGCGUGGAAUCAGAAAGCGUGUAUAGGUUCGAAGUCAACGACGAAACAGUCAAGGAUUACGGGAGGUUUUUGGAAAGGUUUAGGGUGUACGUGGGGCAGAAGGGCUUCAAGGGGUUGAAAGAGGAAAUUUUUGACAAGAUGGACAGGAAUGAACAUGCUAUGUUGAGUUACUUGGAGGUGUUUAGAACGUGGCACCAGAAUGGCUACACGAACAAGGUUAUGGAUCAAACCACCGUCAAUUUCCACUUGGUGGAUAUUUUUCUGGACAGUUUUACCAUCACGGGUGUCCAACUUUCACGAAAAGGUGACCACAAACUUGAGUUGUUUGAAACAAUAGUGAGACAAUUUGACGUCACUAUAAUUGACGACAAUAUUGUCGAAGUGUUGCCAAAGUGUGACGAUGAGGAAAUUUCUGAACACACCACACAGAUUUUGCGUUGGUAUAAAGAAGAAUACAAACUAGAAGUGACGGACCAAGACGAUAUUGACGAUACCAUGUUAGUGUAUAUGCUUUAUCUAGGAAAGAAGUACAAAUUUCUGGAUAGGUACUUCACCAAAGAUCGGUUGGCACUAGAUACUAGAAAAAAGAACCAAUUUUUGCACUACUUUUUCGAUAAACCACUUCUCCUGGAGUGGUGUGAAUCGUCAGCCCGAAAUUUUGACCACGCGAUGACUCUUUAUCGCAACGACGGGAAAAACGUGAAAUUCGUCUUAGUCGGUCAAGGAGUGGACGUGACCAAGUUGUCAAAAUUCACGAUUUUUGAAAAUUUGAACGAUUUAUCAAAAUCGAGCGCAGAGUAUGCAGAAAUCGUCAAAACGUGCACCUUGUCGUUACAAAAUAAAGACAAAAUCGUGUUAGAAGAUUUACUUAGUUGUCUUGGAAGCGUUGACUUUAUUAGAGUCAAAGAACUAUUCCUCAUGUUGUGUGACAAUUUCGUGAUUGGCGACGACACCGAAGUCCUCCCUUUGAACCACAUCCCACGCCGAAUUUCGAUUUUCGUGCUCAAACAAGAAUCCCUUUUGAAGCGAAAUUUCCUCUUCAAAAACAACAUAUUCGUUAUUGAUUUUGGGGGGAAGUUUGAAGAGUUGAGGGAGGUUUUUGAAGAUAAUGAUAUCCCGGUUUUUGAAUUACCGGGUUUCUUUAGGUUGACCACGCUUCCGCAGAAGUCGGUUGUGAUACCACUGGACGACGAGUGUCCUUUGGACACUUUUGAACAAAUCCGUGUCAAAACCAAAAGCAAAAAUUUGUUCUAUUUGAAGAUGAUUGAUUUUGAUACGUUCAUCCCUGUGGUGUUAGAAAACACCGAUCCUGCGUUUUUUAGCGAGAUAGAUGUAGAUGAGAAGGAAAUCCACAACUAUUGUGACACUACAGUUAAUGUUCUGUGUGCUCAAGCGGGAAUGGGAAAAUCCACUCUGUGUAAAUCGCUGCACAAGCAGCUGCCAAAUUUUUGGACUGUCAUCGUCGAUCUGAAAGCACACAACGGCUUCCUCAAAGAAAAACACUUCAUUGACGACGUCCUACACCACUUGUUGACAAUCACGGGAAACAAUUUUCUUGACAAUACGAAGACCGCGUUCCUCCGAGCCAAGAAAGUCGUUUUCUUCCUCGACGGUCUAGACGAACUUGACAGCACCUGCAUUGACACCCUUCUGGCUUACGCUAAAAAGUUGUCAGCCCUCGGCUUACGAGUGUGGAUCUUCUCCCGCCAAAACCUGGAAGCCGGCCUCAUCACCUAUUUCAAAAAAUUCACCGUCAAGCUAACCGAAGUCGACCGAAACGAGCAAAUCCACUACAUCAAGAACCGACUUCGUAGUAAAUCGUACCGCGACGACGAAGUCCAAACAGUGAUUGGAAAAAUCUUCAACAGUACCGAAGUCGUGAAUAACCGCCAAGUCCUCGGUAUCCCCCUCCAGCUCUAUAUUAUCACCCAAAUCUUCCUCGACGACGAAGACAAGUUCAAGUCCACCGCUGACAAUAUCUUCGUUUUGACCAAAAUGUACCGACUGUUUUUUGACGGAAGGUACAAGCACACGGUUAGCAAACAAGAGGCUAAAAACCCCCACAUUGUGGUUGGAGAAGCCGAAGAUUAUUUCGAGAAGUACGAAAUUUUGGCUUUGGUGACGAUCCUAGACGACGUGGUUUUCCGGGAGUUGAAUUUGGACUUAAGGAGGACUCGCCGGUUUUUGGACGAGAUUAAGAGGACGAGGGACCCUUUGGGGAUUGUGGUCCAUGUGAACAGUGAGAAUAAGGCUGUGUUUGAGCACCAGACGUACGCUGAGUAUUUCGCGUGCAUGUUCUUUUCGUACAACUUCGACAAAGUUCGGGUUUUGAAGCAACACCUGUUUUCGGACAGGUACAAGAAUUUGUUACUCAUUUUGAAUAUCAUGUUGGCUGAAGAAAGUCCCUUGCAUUUGGGGGUGAUUUAUAUGGAUCUUCAACAGAUUGAGAGACAUUGUGGGGGUGGUAAGGUCUACGAUAGAGCGGGACGGAAUCCUCUGCAUCUAGCUGCUUGUCGAGGGAUGGAAUAUCCGAAUUGGAGCGUCUUCGAUUGCUUUUUUCACACGUCCCGGUUUUUGAGGUUUAUUGAAGAGGUGAUUACGAGUAGACGGAUCGUUAGUUUUGUCCUGGAAAGCGAUCCUCUGGAACGGGACGAACUUUUCAGCUGGAAUUGUCUGGAUUACGCCAACCAAACGUCGUCCCUGUACGCGAUGGAAAUGAUUUUGCAGAAAUAUCCAACGACGAAGGAAAUCACCAAAAACGCCCCCUUUGUUCCAGACAUAAACUUACCUUUGUUCCUCGUGAUUACAGGGUCUUCAAACUUGUUGGCGACCAUGAACCACCCACUAGUCAAGUCGUUGCCAAAGCUCACGCUCCACAUGACCAUAAUGUACUGUUGCUUCAACAAAAUGGAGAUGUUGACGUUCCUUAUUCAAAAUGGCGCCGACUUAGAGUACAGUUACAAAGGAAACACAGCUUUGCAGCUCGCCACUCGAAUGAAAAAACUGACAAUUGUGACUCUAUUGACAAAAUGGGGGGCAAAAAGCGACGUUGUGGCACAAAAUGGAGACACUAUUUUACACUGUGCCGUGCGUAGCGAAACAUUCGAACACGAACUGUGUUUCUCUGGGGAUGUUCGCGAACUACUUGGAGACACUACGACCGGAGAACUGUAUUUAAACAAGUGUAGCAGUAUCGACUUGGUGGGUUUUUUUCUCGACAAGGGGGUGUCCAUUAAUUCGCAGAACAACGACGGGGAGACACCCUUACACGUGGCUGCUUUGAACGCAGACUUUGAUGUUUGCGAACUUUUGUGCGCGAACAACGCGGAUGUUAAUAUAGUGACGACGAGGAAAAUGAGCGUUUUGCACUAUGCUGUGUUGGGUGGUGAUGUACAGGUCGUUGCUUUCGUUGCGUCUAAGAUUGUUGAUGUUGAUAUUGAAAACGACAACGGGGAAACCGCGCUUGUGGUAGCUAUAAAAAUGAAGAAUUUUAAGAUAGCGGAGUUUUUGUAUGACACAGGGGCAAGAGUUUGUGUUGACAGAGUGCAUAGAGAGUGGAUUUGGUGUCUUUUCGAAACAGGGGAAUGCGAUGUGGAGUUUAUUAAAAGCGCGGUUUCUUCUGGGGUUUUGGGUGUAAACGCUCUUGGUCGGAACGGAGUGACUUUGAUACAUGUAGCUGCUAAGACAGACUUGGAAUUAACUAAGUUUCUGUACGAAAAAGGGGCAGAUGUGGAUUGUUUGACGUAUAAUGGUGUUCAUGCCAUUCAGUUGGCUGUUUAUAGUGGGAAAGUGGAUAUUGUUGAGUUUCUUUGGGAGAAGGCGGAUUUGAUGCGCGUUGUUAAGGAUCAUAAGGUGUAUCCGUUAGUGUUUGCUACGGAAGGGCACUGUUUGUAUCGAAAUUUGCUGCUAAAGGGGGCUGCUAUGGUUCAGUCUUUGGAAGAUAAGCGACUUUAUAAUGUUCGUCGAGCCCUCAGGACUGAAUUUUUGAAAAAUAAAUGACAUGGUUUUAUUG